CGUGUGCAGAGACCGCUGCCAAUAUAUAUUGAGAGUAGUAGUGAGUUUCGCGCAGCGGCGACGGCAUCAUCGUCGCAUCGCCAUCGUGUAUCGUGUCUCUCUCGUUCCGGUUAUCAUCCGCGUGCGUGAUGACGAUGUAUCAUUGAUGUCUCUCUCUCUCUCUCUCUUUGUACACCCGAAGACGCGCGUGUGUGCAUUAAAAAUGUGCGAUUACAACGAGGAGGGAAAAUCUGCGCCCGGUGCUCGUUAAUAAUAUAUCGAUGAGAUGUAACAGUGGGCGCAUCGAUACAUACAGUCGAGAGCCGCGGUGAUAACGACAUUUAUCGCGUUGCCUUUUGCGCGCUAUACGCUCCCGUGUGUGUGUCUCUCUCUCUCGCUCUAUCUCGUCAUUUUUCGCUGAAAUUGUCGCCGUCGUUGUUUCUCGUAUACUUCGUACAGUUUUGUGGAUGGUUUUUGUUUGUUUGUGAGUUUCGUUAGUUUUUGUGUUCCGUGUAUACAUAAGUGCGUUUGUAAGCCGCUGUUGUGCUUCAUUACAAAUUAACAGCGAUACAUCAAUAAGAUACGAGUUGAAAAAAAUACACAGCAACGACAACAAAGUCGAGAUGAAGGAGCGCAUCGAUUAUGGUGGUGGUGAUCGCAGUAGUGUCAGUGGUGGUGGUUGUGCUGCUGCGGCUGCCGCGGUACAGGAUGCUGUUGCUCACGAUGCUGCAGCAGGAGUCGGCAACAACGACGACGAGGAUCAUCAAGAUCCCGACUCCGAUGCCUCCAUCAGUUGGGAAGAAUUUAUAGGCACGACGACGGAUCUGGUGCCGCAAUUGCUGGGCAUGUUCGACGAACUGGCACGUGCCGCCAACAACAACAACAACAACAGCAUUGACCACCACCACCACCAGGUGACGACGGCCGCCGGACUACAGAAACGCCUGAGCCUCGUGCAAAAGCGCAUGUCGCGCGUCUACGACAUGCCGAGUUUACUGAUAAGCAGCAGCAGCGCUAACAAUAGUAACAACAGUGCCAUGAACAACGAGCAGGAGGACGGCGACACAGCAGCCGAGGACGGCGACGACGAGGACGUCGAGGAGGAUAUGAUGGGAAUCUCGCCCACGACGACGCUUAGAUGCAGCGGUAGCAGCGGUAGUCGUCGCAGGCGUAACGGAACGAGCCAACAGCCACAAAAGUUACUACAACAACAGCAGCAACAACAACAGCAACCGAAUUCCACAGGCAGUCGGCCGGUCUCGGGCAGCUCGAUAUGUUCCACAUCGAGCAGUGGCAGUGGCAGCACGUCCGCGUCGUCGUCCUCGAGUUGCAUCAGCAGCUGCGACAGCGGCCACUACAAAAACAACAACAAUAGCCAUCAUCAUCAUCAUCGGCGCUGCUGCAAUCGACAGGGCUCCAAUGCCUCGGCCACGAGCAGCACGACGACGACGACGACGACGACGACGGCCGGCGGCGACGGUGCUGGCAGUGGCGUUGGUGGUGCAACGAAUCCGUAUCUGGCGUCGGUCGAAUCCCUCGCCGACACUUGCGCGAGUUCCCAAGGAUCCGGUGACAGCGGCUGCGUAACGACGAUAUCCGAGACCGAGAGCCAGUAUCAUCAUCACCACCACCAUCAUCAUCAUCAUCAUCAUCGUCACAUGCUGAUAAACGGCAGCGGUGGCGACGGCGUUGCCGACAAUGAUAAUAAAAACAACAGCGGUGGCAUCAGCGGCAAUAACAACAACAACAACAACGACGACAACAGCAACAACGACAAAAGCAGCAGCAGUAGCAGCAGCAGCAGCUUAGCGACGACGAGCCAGCACACGGUAGUCGAGCGCGUGCUCCAGGAGAUCGUCAAGACCGAAGCCGAUUACGUCGAACAUCUGCGACAAGUCAUUCAGGGUUACUUGAUCAUUUGGAGAAACGAUUCGAUGGCGCUCAUAAGCGAUCGCGAUCUCGACGGGCUGUUCAGCAACAUCGAGGACAUUUUCGAGUUCAAUCGGAGCUUCCUGUCGGCGUUGGGCCAGUGCGGUCUCGAUCCGAUCGCCGUGGCCAAUGCCUUCAUCGAGCAUAAUUCCGGAUUCGAGGUGUACACCGAGUACUGCACCAACUAUCCCAGAACUGUGGAGAUACUGACCAAAUUGAUGGGCCAAGAAGAGACGGCUCGAGCAUUUGGGGAGCGACAGGCGGCGCUCGGUCACAGACUGCCUCUGGGGGCUUACCUACUCAAACCGGUGCAACGUAUUCUCAAGUAUCAUCUGCUCUUCGAGAAUCUGUCGAAGGAAUUCGAAGCCGACGAGGACUCGCCCACGCGCACAGCGAUCGAGUGCGCCCUGGCGACGAUGACCGGCAUCGCCCGGCACAUCAACGCGAUGAAGCGCAAGCACGAGCACGCGGUGCGAGUCCAGGAGAUACAGUCGCUGCUGGAGGGCUGGACGGGGCCGGAUCUCACUCAGAGCGGCGAGCUCAUCGCCGAGGGCAGCUUCCGCUUGAGGGGAGCCAAGGCGCCUCGGCAUGCAUUUUUGUUCGAUAAAAUGCUACUCCUCGCCAAAAAGCGAGAGGACGGUCACUUAGUUUAUAAAACCCAUAUUCUGUGUUCAAAUUUAACGUUAAUGGAGAGUAUUCCUGGCGAGCCGCUUAGUUUCAAUGUGAUACCGUUUGACAAUUCGCAAAUUCAAUACACGCUACAGGCACGAAAUUUGGAGAUAAAACGCGAAUGGACCCUGCAGAUAAAAAAUGUGAUUUUAGAAAAUUAUAGCGCAGUCAUACCCUCUCACGCGCGCGAACUCGUCCUACAAAUUGGCCAAAAAACCGAGGACGACGCGCUAGUACCAGUGGACCGUAGUUUUAUCAAAAAGUCGUGGGAGUACAGUAGUACAAGAAAAGCCGACCGAGAUCGACGAAAAACGGAUGUUGGUUUCAAGCAGAAGUUGAGGAAAGGACGAAAGAGCGACGUAUCGUUAAGCACCGCUGAUAAUUCACCUACGUGUUCGCGAAAGAAUCAGUCAACUGAAUCAAUCAGCCAGUAUGGUUCCAGGGAUAAUAAUCUUAAUAGAAACUCCGAGGCUCGAGCGUCAAAGAUAAAGGAUCGCUUCACCAACUGGCGAAGAAAAUCCGAACCUGGGUUCCAAUCUUACAUAACUAUGCAACCCUCGGAUAAUGAGGAAGCUGACAAUAAAAAUUCGUCGACAACAGCAACGGACGAUACACCGAGCACGUCGUUGUCACCGGAUGCAGCAGAAAAUUUGGCAACUUCGACGCCUAUCGAAGCAAAAGAAACCAAAGAAGCCGUCCAGUCGCAGUCGGAACCAGCCACGCCACAUCCUCAAAGCGACGAGGCUAUAGUCGGCUCGAUUCUUAUGCAGAGCGAAGAAUUCCGCCGGCGAUUGCGUCAACAUCGCCGCUACGAAAGCUCCGACGACGAUAACGAAAACGAAAACAGCACUCCAAAGACCAAAGCGCGUUUUAAUAAACGAGAUCAGUGUUUCGUACGUGCCAUCCAUGCAUACAAUCAGAGAAGUUUUCGUUCACAGUACGAUAGUUUCAGAAAUGUUGAUUCGCCCUUACAGAGACAAAAUUCCACCCCUAUCGUUAAGUCACCCCAGAAAAAAGAGAGGCUAACAUCGGAUAGUGGAUAUAAAAAACCAAAUUUCGUUACGGAGAGUAAACUGAUUAAGACUGCAUUGCGAAUACGAGAAAGCUGUGAUUCCGAAGAGGAUGAGGCAGUGGAAAAUAAACAGGCGUAUGUGAACGAAACAUCGGAUAAAAACGUUCAACCAAAUCAUGAUGUCCGAACAGGCACGAAUGAAAAUAAGGUCGAAAAUAAUGAAAAAGAUAAUUAUGGUAACUACGACAAUUUGCAACCGGUAUGGCAAAGCUGCCUCGAAAAAGGACCGGAAAACAGCGAAAAAGCUGCUGUUUGGUUAACUAAACUCUGCGUAGGAUUACCUGAUCAGCCGCAAAAAUGUGGAUCUUUACCACGAAGUUUUCAAAUGACCGAUGGCGCUCAGCCACCGCAACAGCAACCAACGAAAUCUCGAUUUUUGCAGCGUGAUGGUAAAUCUAUGACUGAUCGACCAUUUACCAUUGCUUCGGAUAAGCCGGCGGAGAUCAAUCUUGAAGACAUGGAGAGGUACACGACGAACUGUAAGAGUUCCAAUAGAAUAGCCAAAUUUCCAUUAACCGGUGCUUCGUCGUCGUCGACCUUCUUCUGCUCUCUAGACGAGUCGUCUUUCGGCGAUGCCGAUUCGGUUUCGAGAACGAGUUUAUCGAAUAGUACCUACGUGCAUCCUGAUCAUAAAAUUUAUCGAGCUAACAAUGGCACGACAAAUAAAGAUACGAGCCCUAGCAUCAGUAGUACAUAUCUCAGCGUAUCGAAUCUUACUCGUGUGCUCUCAAAAGCAAGUAGUCGUUUGCAGGUGUUAAAAUCCAGUCAAAGCUCUGAAACACUCGACUGUUCCGAACAAAUUAGUCCUAAUCGUAGCUUUCUUUCCAAAUUCCAUAACAGUAAUAGUAAUAACAGUAGUAAUAGCAAUAGUAUCAACAAUAGUAACAGUAAUAAUAAUGCAAAACAAUCGAACAAUACUGGCGCAUUACCGUAUCACAAGCAAGGCAGCUCGACCUUGGGUGCACGAAUUGCACAAUCCGAUUAUGCCGAUCCUGCAAGCUUACGAAGACCAAAAAUAAUAGAGCCACCGCCAGUCGAGAGUACAGACGAUAGCUUUUAUGAGCGCUCGUUCGAAACAAUCGAGAAUUACGUUGACACCGAAGACGCGUCGAGAGACAGCGCGAUUUUUAGCGAUAAUGACGAUAUUCUUCACAGCAAAGUGCCACCGCCAGUGCCUAACAAGCGAAAAGUCAAAAGAAUUGCUUCCGAGAAACCAGCGGUUACGGAAAAACCUGCCCAUUUGAAGUUUAAAACUAAAAUAGUCAGGUGUAAAGCUUCUAAAGUCACUAAAGAAGAGAAAGCAUUGGAAAAAAAUAUUAAAAAGGACGAUGACGUGUCUGCGGGUCAGAGUCAAAUAGGGUGGGUCAAGAAGAUGGUUGGACAGUUGCAAAGUCAAAUGGAUACGUGAGAAUGGUUGUUACACCAAUGGUGUGAAAUACGAGUAUGUCACUUGUAAUCGAGUAAAACAAAUUUUCUCUUCCAGUUAUAGAUAGAAUCAAUUUCUGAUCGUUACUACCAGUUUGUAUGUAUUUUUUUCUGUUGUAUAAAGCGUAGAAAAUAGUUUAUAUUUUUGAAUUCUACAUUGUAAAAAUGAGAAAUGUGCAAGACGUAAAAUCAGGAAUAUAUUGAUUUUGUUGCAAUAUAGAUAAAUGUUAAUGCGCUAUGAAUCAAGAGUCAGAUUUAAUAUAAAUAACUUCAGCAAAUGAUCUACUAAAAGUUCAUGUAUUAGGCCAUAUUAAAGAUUAUUGUAUGAUUGUUAUAUAUGUGUUAUUCUACUAGGCAUUGAAAUUAUGAAAAUUCACUGAAAAAUUUGCUCAUCACUUUUUUACGUGUAUUAUGACUUGAUGUGAUUUCACAAUUUAAAGCUCGUUUUCAAAAUUAUUGAGUUGUGUGAUCGUGAAAAAGAUUAAAGUAUUAGUGUUUGCAUACUUGAGCGAAUGGUAUUUGUUUUAGUAAGUUUCCUUCUGCGUGAAGUUGAAUUGUAAAUUUUUCAAUUUCACGCUUAAUAUUAUUUGUAAGUUUAUGAAUAAAUGACUUCAUAAUUAUUUGAUUUAUGUAAUAUCGUGUGCCUUGACGAUAUAAUCGUAUGAGUAAAUAUAUCAAAGAUUUCAACAGAAAUCAUUGUAACGUGAGUAAGUUUUAAUUUAUUUUAAAAUUCUUCUUAUGAAGGUAUCGAGUUUCUCGAUGACAAUCCGAAUAUAUAAACCAAAAAAUUAUCUAUUCACGGUUUCAACUAUUAUUCUUGUAAAAAGAACACGAUUGUGAUGUUGUUAUUUUAAGUAUUGAUCAAGAAAAAAGCUUUUUCGUAAUCUAUAAAUUGAUACGAUUGACAGCUUGUAAAUUUCAUGGACGAAAAUUGUUAUUAAAAGUAACUGAGAAAUUUAUAUUAUGAGUACAAGUGUGUUGUAGUACACUGAAUUAGAGCCAAAUAUUUAUCGAUUACAUGAGUGUGUUUUACCUAUUAAUUUGAAGUACAAGUAUGAACGUUUGUGCAAUAAGCUUUCGUCAUAGCAGAAGAAUCCCAUUCGUAAUACUUACACUUGGCAUUUUAUUAAAGGUUUUGAAUUAAAAAAAAGCUUGAGAUGAAGAUAAGGCUGAACCUAAUGCAAUUAAAUUUCGGAUGGUGCAAAAGCAUUUGUUAGUUUUUUCCAUGAACGACACCCACUAUUGUUGGCCAUAUAACUGUGCGAUAAGAUAUAAUGUAUUUUUAACCAUAUCAUUUUUUAACUUUAGCUUUCAAGUGCAAAAACAUGCUAAUUUUUUGAAUCCAUAUAUACAAUAUAUGCAUAUAAUUAUAUAUGAAUUUUACUGUUAUGAAUACUGUGUUAAAUAGUCUACAAGUGCGUAUAAGGGUACAAGUACAUUGUGUCUAUUACCAUGCAUUAAAUCGUUCAGAAAAAGCAUGUCUCAUUGUCCAUGAAAUAUAGGUUUUAUAAAAGAUUGCCAUCAGUUUUAAAUUUGAUUCAUGUAUACAUUUGUCCGUUUAUGUAAAUUUUUAACGAAGCUCCAGUGUGAGAAAAAUACUCGUAUCGAGUCAUCAAAAUACAUCUUUAUUAAAACUGUUUAAAAAAA